AUGCUCAAGUUUGACGAAGUUGCACAGCACAACUCCCGCGACAGUUGCUGGGUCAUCGUCCACGGCCAGGCCUACGACGUCACUGAGUUCCUUCCCGAGCAUCCCGGAGGAGCCGGCAUCAUCCUGAAGUAUGCGGGUAAGGAUGCCACCGAGGAAUACGACCCCAUUCACCCUCCGGGCACGCUCGAGGAGAACUUGCCCAAAGACAAGUGCCUCGGGCCCGUAGACCCGGCGACGAUUAAGAAGGAGGACAAGAAGGAGGAAAAGGCCACGGCAAAGAAGGCCGAGGGCGGCAUCCCCCCGCUCGACCAGUGCCUCAACCUCUUCGACUUUGAGGUCGUCGCAAAGACGGUGCUCAAGCCCACCGCCUGGGCCUACUACUCGUCGGGCGCUGAUGACGAGGUGACGAUGCGCGAGAACAACUCGGCCUUUGGCCGCAUCUGGUUCCGGCCACGCAUUCUCCGCGACGUCGCCAACAUCGACUACAGCACCUCGCUGCUCGGUAACAAGAGCUCCAUGCCCGUCUACAUCACCGCCACGGCGCUCGGCAAGCUUGGCCACCCGGACGGCGAGAAGAACCUCACCGUCGCUGCGGGCAAGGAGGGCCUCAUCCAGAUGAUUCCCACGCUGGCCUCGUGCUCGUUUGACGAGAUCGUCGACGCCCGCGUCAACGACUCGCAGGUCCAAUUCUUCCAGCUCUACGUCAACUCGAACCGCAAGAUCACCGAAAAGCUCAUUCGCAAGGCCGAAGAUGCCGGCGUAAAGGGCCUCUUUGUCACCGUCGACGCGCCCCAGCUCGGGCGGCGCGAGAAGGACAUGCGCAUGAAGUUCGACGAUACCGGUUCCAACGUUCAGAACAGCAACAAGGACAACGUCGACCGGUCACAGGGCGCCGCUCGCGCCAUCUCGAGCUUCAUCGACCCUUCGCUCAGCUGGGACGACCUCAACUGGCUCAAGUCCGUCACCCGCAUGCCCAUCGUGCUCAAGGGUGUCCAGACCUGGGAGGAUGCUGUCCGCGCCGCCGAGCUUGGCCUGGCCGGUGUCGUGCUGUCCAAUCAUGGAGGUCGCCAGCUCGACUUUUCGCGCUCCGGCAUCGAGGUGCUCGGCGAGGUUGUCGAGGCCCUCAAGGCGCGCAACCUCUUCCCCAACCCCAUGUUCCAGAUCUUUGUCGACGGCGGCAUCCGACGGGCUUCGGACGUCCUCAAGGCCGUCGCUAUGGGAGCCACCGCCGUGGGCAUCGGCAGGCCAUUCCUGUACGCCUACAGCGCCUAUGGCUCCGACGGCGUCGUCCACGCCAUCAGGCUGCUCAAGGCCGAGAUGGAGAUGAACAUGCGCCUCCUCGGCGCCCCCACGCUCAAGGACGUCGUCCCCGAGAUGGUCGACACCCGCGCCCUCUCGACCCACGUCAACUUCACGCCACCCUCCCACGGCUCCCAGAUCUACGAGAAGCUCUCGACCGCCGUCGGCAUGCCAAACGAGCCCGCCAACAAGCUUUGA